AUGGAGGAACAGAAGAGACGGACAAUGGAAGCUAUAGAGCGCAGGUUCGCUCAAGCAAAAGCAGAGGUUCAGACCCAACAACGGAGGAGCAAAAAGAGGCCCAUUGAGGAGAUGGAAAGAGUCGCUUCAGAUGUCGAUUCUCCAUCUGCUGAUUCAAGAUUGAGAAAACCCGUGUCCGAUAAACUGAAAAAAACGGAUUCUGAUACACCGUCUAGAAAAGAUGUUGAUGUAAAUGAGCCCGCGUAUUCGAAGAUUUCUCACCCCGUAAACGAAAACUUGCUUCCAAAUGGUAUUGAGGUUUCUGAUGGUAAAGCCGUAGUUAAUCGAGUAUUGCAUGAGCUUCUUCAGCAUGGUGAUGCUGCUCAGAAGUACAUGCAGGGGUCUAAAACCUUGAAAAUCGAGAAUACGAUACUUCUUGAUAAUUUUGUCCAAAAAAGCGGCAUGUCCAGUGGCCGAACGCUACAGAAUGGGUCCAAACGCUCUAAAAAGCACAUGUCUCUAAAGCAACAUAAGAAGUGUGGAUCAUUUGAUUUGCCUAAAGAGUUCCAUAAGUGA